AUGGCGCAGGAGUUAUACACACGUUUUGAUCUUCUGCUCCAACAAUACCGACUUUUUACACUCUCGCCUUCAGAUGAUAAAAAUUCUCCAAUUGAAGGCUCUAUCCGGACAAGGAACUUCAAUGAUGGAACUCCUUUCGAAGUUUUGUCUUACGCACGCGAGAGCUCCAAACUUAUGAAUCUGAUAUACAUUGACCAGGAGACCGUGCUCGUUCCGGCGAAUGUCGGAGCCGCUCUUCGUAGGUUGCGCUACCGCAAUGAGCCCCGACAUCUCUGGGUCGACUUUAUUUGCGUAGGCCAGCGAUCCCUAUCUGAGCGCUCCUUUUAUAUCAGGUUCAUGAAGACGAUUUUGAGGAAGUGCGUUCGUGUGUUAGUAUGGUUUGGGCCAAAUCUCACUCCACCAGGCGAAUCUUCAACGGCAAGCGAAGAAGAUGUUGGGAGAGGCCUGCAGCUGAUAGAGAGAAUCUGCAACAAGGAUCCUUCCUUGCUUCAAGAUUUAGAGAAGCGAGCCGCAGACGUGAUUUUCGAGCCGGAACCUGGAAUGAGGCUCGUGACCCAAGAGCAGCAGCAGGACCUUGAAAAUGCUCUUCAAAGCCCACCUAUAUGGAAGGAUUUGUGGACUAUCCGGGAUAUCUGUCUUGCGCCGCAAGUUCACCUCGUCACAGGCUCCCACGUUUUGGACUGGGCUAAAAUUGAAGGUCUCCUGGGCGAUGGUUCAUACGCAAAGUCAAUCUGUGGGCUAACUUACCACGGACUGGUUUCGAUAUUGUUCCGCAUGAUGGAGAUGGUCGCUAGAAUUGACCAUCAGAGACAAACCAUGAGAAAUGUUCUUGCAGGGUCAGAAGCGCAGUCAGAGCAGUCACUGCUGGCAGUAAUGGGACAAUUCCGUUCUGUUGAGACGGCGGACUCGAGGGACCUUACUUACAGCAUGAUAAACCUUGCGACGGACAUGGAUGAUCUUAGGAUUGACUGCGGAGACUCCCCUGGAAGAUUAUUCUCAAAUCUGACCGAGCUACUCAUCAAUCGCGACGAGAACUUGGACGUGAUAUAUCAGGGCCCCUGGAGAUCUUUCCCAGCCGACACGUUUGAUUCCGGCUAUGGCUACUCUAUUAGCAGCCCAACAGUGGAGAAGCCUUCUUGGGCUGCCAACUUUCAAAAAAGCCCCCAUGGGCGUCUAUUCCCAAGCAAUUGUCCCUACAAAGCUGGGCGGCCUUCCUGCGAGGUGCCAUGCCGUGUAAUCGACGGCAAGGUACUUGUUGCCAAGGGCGUAAAGCUCGGGCGUGUGGGAAAGAUCAAACAAUCCGACUACGAUUACCAAAAGGGGAUGGACUGGAUCAACCCUGAGGGCGGGCCACGAGUGAUGAGAAAAGAUAGCCUGCCUAUGGAAUACCUUGAUCUGUACCUUGACCGGGCCGUUUUGAUGGAAUCAGAUGCAACAACUCAGGAAUACGUUACUGGCGAAUCUUGCCUCAGAGCCUUCUGGCGCACUCUGGUGAUGGACUGCGGAUCACCUCCUACAAUUCGACUCACGGCGCGACAGAUCGAGUCGGAAGACGCUAUAAGUGGUCUCGGAGGAUACUAG